AGUGUGCUUAAAGGGGACGCGCCUGUCUGCAGUCGCUCGGUUCUGAUUCAAACACAGAUUGUGCAAAAUGAAGCUUGUAUUUCUGAGCCUGUGGACAAUGACAGGACGGUCUGCCCCCGGGCCCGAUGUGCUCAUCUCAUUUAGCAGCAGCGGUGUCAAUUAAAAAGGUCCACUCAUGGAGGUUGGCAGCAGCUGUGCCCCGAGCCGCGCACCGGGGUCUGUGGUGCAGGUGAGCUUCCCCGCCGUGCAGACCUCCGUCCUGGACAGUCUGAACCAGCAGAGGGCGCAGGGACAGCUCUGUGACCUCUCCAUCCAUGUACAGGACCAUGUGUUCAAGGCUCACCGCUGCGUGCUGGCCGCCUCGUCACCCUACUUUCAUGACCAGGUGCUUCUGAAAAACAUGUCCACCGUCUCGAUCCCUGCGGUGAUGGACCCUCUGGCCUUCGAGAGCGUCUUGAGCUGCGCGUACACGGGUCAGCUCCGCAUGCUUCGAGACGACAUCGUAAACUACCUCACUGUGGGAAGCGUGCUGCAGAUGUGGCACAUCGUCGACAAAUGCACUGAACUCCUGAAGGAAAACCGGGCUACGGCGACCACGGGGACUACGGCGGGGGGAUCUGAAGGAGGCGAGGUCCCAAACGAGGAUGCGAUCAGGAACGGGAGAGCGCUGGCGAACCCGGGCUGCAGCAGUAGCAAUGGGAACAGUGGGGCGACUAGUGGAGGGGAAGGUUCAAGCUCACAGCAAGGCGCUUCAAGUGAAAUCCACGGCGCAAAUCAGUCCAAUCACCAUCCGUCGUUGAGCGAAAGCCAGUCGCCGAGCAGCACCAACUACUUCAGCCCCAGAGACGGUAGCGGUUUUGGGGGGAACGCGGCGGCUACCAGCGCCUUGGGAGACGGAGCGGGGUCCAGCCACACCCCCAGCUACUGCACGCCGUCGGGAGGGGAGGAGGCGUUUCUCAUCGAAGAGGAGGAGGAGGAAGAGGAGGAGGAGGAGAUGUUGUAUCACCAAAGGAAAAGAGCGCGAGUGGGAGGCAGCGCCCGGAGGAAGAAGGCGAGCUCGCUGUCGGAACAGGAAGUCGGGGUCAGCGAUAGUUUCGGUGUGUCGUCGUAUCAGGAUGGCGAGGAGCAGAAGCGGCCGGCGUACUCCCAGCCCAGCAUCAUGCCCCGCAAACAGUGGGUGGUGGUGAAAACAGAGCACACAGACGACGAUGACCUCAUAGUGGUGUCUGGAGAAGAAGCCGGAGACGACGAAGAGGAGGACGAAGAGAGAGAGGCCGAACUGUCCAGAGAAAGAAACGAUUUUAACAUUUCCAACGUGCGGAGUCUGUCUGCCGAACUCGCCAACAGAAGUGAAACAGACAUGGAGUCACAGGGGGACUACUGCCCGACUCCAGAGGACUACCUCAAGUUCGAAGGCAGUUUGAUGGAGCAGACUUUGGCUCAGCAGCUGCACGAGAGCUCCGCCCACAGCUCCAACCGCGUGUCUGCGUUACUGGGUCAGGUCCAGUCGGCCGCCUCCGCCAGGGCCCUCUUCCCCCUCGACAUGCAGGGGAACCAGAUCCUCCUCUACAGCCAGGCUCCCGCUCUCUCCAUGGACUCUGGCACCGCUCCUCUCGGGAUGCCGGGUAGUAUGAUCCCAGGAGGAGCUUUUAAGAGUCCGAACUUGGAGCACGGGGCGGCACAUCUCGCUCUCCAAAGCGGUUUAGACGGAGGAGAUGGUAGCGGUGUAGGAGCUAGUGGAAAUAACUCUUCAUCAGGUAAGGUUUUCAUGUGUCACUGCGGGAAAACCUUCACUCACAAAAGCAUGCGCGACCGUCACAUAAACAUGCACCUGGACCUGCGCCCGUUCCACUGCCCGGUCUGCUCCAAGAAAUUCAAAAUGAAGCAUCACCUCACGGAGCACAUGAAAACCCACACGGGACUCAAACCCUACGACUGUUUGGGGUGCGGGAAGAAAUUCAUGUGGCGGGACAGUUUUAUGAGACAUCGCGCUCACUGUGAGAGGAGGGGAGGAGCCGGCGAGGGAGGAGAAAGAGGAGGAGGAGGAGACGGGGACACGAGGAGACUCAGCGAAGACGGGGGAGAGAUGAUGUCGUCACCUCAUUUGGUCAUGUCCGAAACGGGGGGAGGAGGAGGAGGAGGAGGAGGGAGGGUGCAUCACGGGAACAGCGGCGUGACCAACGGCAGCAACAUGGCGCUGCUCGGACAGGCCUCUCAGAAUCAUCAGGGAUCGGGGAUGUUCGCGGGUCUGGCGAUGGGGCGGAGUCUGUGCGAGGAGGACGCCUGUGAAGUCAAUCAAAGUAGCGUGACAUAAACCAAAAUCAUUGUGAAACGGGUGCCUAUAUUUUCAACAGUAAAUCCUCUUCUUUGUUGUUCUAAACUUAAAUGCAGUACUUCUUAUUAUUAAAGUGCAUAUGACAGGUUUUCUUCUUUCUGUAAGUAUUAUUUACUGCGUUUGGUGGAGUAGGACCCGUAGUAAAUAUUGUUUCUUCGUUUUAAACCAGUUAAAUAUGAGAUUAUGAAGAAAUCUUGAAAAAAACGUAACAAGCAGGAAGUAGCCCUAAAGGGAUCCUGCUUUCUGUGUCAUAAAACUUUCCUGCAGCAAAACUUGAAUGGUAUUUUGGUGAUUUGAAUGGCGGCGUGUGUAGACGUAGCGGUUUCUCACUCUCCCAGUCGAGAAACGUACCGUAUUUUUCAGACUAUAAGUCGCUCCAGAGUAUAAAUCGCACCAGCCAAAAAAUGCACAAUGAAGAAGAAACAAACGUAUAUAAGUCGCACUUUUUGGGGGAAAUUUAUUUUAUAAAAUCAGGGACCAGGAACUGACAUUUUAUCUUGAAAAGCAAGUAAUAGUAAUAACAACAGAACAGAGAACAACAGGCUGAAUAGGCGUUAAUAUGUUAACGUAACAUAUUAACAAUUAUUCAGAUAACUAUAGCAUAAACAACAUAACAUUACCAAGCUCUCGAUCUCACUCCAAAUCACUAAAUCCAUUGAAUUCUUCAUCCUCGUUGUCGCUUUUGAGCAACUCCGCGCAAUUUCGGUCGUCACUAAAGUCCAGGCUUUGUCGAUCCCUCCAGUGAAUUCCAUGAAAGUUGCAUGCUGCACCCUCCCAGUUGCUGUUGAGCGGUGUUUUCCAUUCCCCUUUCUGCCAGUCCCUCACAAGUUUCUCGCUCACUCCAAACUUUCUUUCUGCUGCCCAAUUACCGUUUUCUGCUGAAUAUUUCUCUACUUGCAACAGGACAGAGGCUUUUUCUGCAAGAGACAUGCACAGAACACUGACACGCAAGCCUAGAGCCUCUUGCGGCUGUCAGUCUGAAAAUUUUAAUAUGUAAGUCGUACCGGAGUAUAAGCAGGACCACCCAAACCAUGAAAAAAAAGUGUAAUACGGCAAAAAAAAAUAAUACGGUAAUUUUGAUUUGUUUGUAUGUCUAGUACAUGUGAAGAAAAACUUUGAAAACAGAACAUUCCAUAAAAAAGACAGGGACAGUUUUAAUCAAGCAACACCAUUUUAUCUGAAAUUUUAAACAUUAUUUUAACAAAGUAAAGGCGUAAUUUUGCACAUUUUUAUUUGUCAAAUAACUACUGUGUAAAUUAGGUGAGCUUUGGUCCUGGUUAUGGAAUUACCUCUGUUUAAGUCACAUCUGCUGCCUGUUUCCAACCAGGAAGCACAAUUACAGACUUUACCAAAAUGGUCAAAUUAGGGAAAGCUAAGCAAAGUAAAUGACAAAAAUCUAUUAAAUCAAUUAAUGAAAUGUGGUGUUCAAAUUGAAUUGUUUGGAAGAAAAUCGAUUUUUACUUUCCCCACUUUCUGGUAUUGCAAAUUGUAUUAAAAAUGUAAGAAAGGUCUCUCACUUUGGUGACAGGAGCAGAGUUUAGUGCAGCGGCAGGUGAUGCUCUGAAUUCAGUGACAGUGUCGGGGCGGCAGGUUUAACGCAGUAGUUUAAUUUUAUUUUAAGAUUUUAAGAUUUCCCCAGUGGCUUAAAUGUGAUCAUUUAAUACAAUCUUUUCAGUUUUCUCCAUUCUCUCCACUAAAAUGUUCUGCAAAGUCAAAUUGAAGAUCGUCUCAGCCCUCAGUGCACUGUGUAACUUUUCUGUUGGAGGGUGCGCCACCUGCUUGUCUCCAUGGAGAUGUUAUUGUUUUGUCUGGAAUGUCCCGGUUUGGCAUUGAAUGCAUCCAUAUUGCAUUUACUCAGUAAUGUGGGUUUUUAUUGAGCUAAAAACUUGCAUUCUUACUGUGAGUGGGCACGCCUCUUCACAGAUCUGACAUGUAAUUUGCCCCUGUGGCAUCUCUGUCUGUUUCCGUGGAUGAUAAAUAGGUGUACGGCCAUACUGUGGAACAUUCCAGGAAGCAUCUUCAUGAGGAAAAGCAGGUGAUAGUCCCUCUUUCAGAAAAGUUACACAAUGCACCUUUAAAUACCGUAUUUUCCGCACUAUAGGGCACUCUGUAUUAUAAGACAAACUUUGUCAUUGAAUGGUCUAUUUUUGAACUUUUUUCACAUAUAAACCGCACCGGACUAUAAGCACAUUAAACGAAACACAACAGUUGGAUAAGUCAGUCAAAUUUUAUUUAACGCAUUCACAAUAAUAACAAAAACACUGUCUGAGAUGCUAAAUUGUUAGUGUAUUCACAAUAACUCUUAAUUGUUCAAACAGUUGGGCGAUUACAGCUUCCAGCACGCCUGCAUCCCCCUCGUCAUUAUCUGAGUCAGUGUUGUUACUGUUCCCUGGCAGUUCAGUGAUGAUUCUGGUCUUGGUGAAAGCUCAGACCACAGUUGAUACUGAUCCUUAACCCGGGCGUCCACGAUCCGUUGGCAGAUCGUGGUGUAAGCCACACGGCGCUGUCUCCCUGUCUUUCACUUUAUAAUAACCUUGAGUUUAAAGUCCGUGUUGUAAGCGUGUCUCUUGACAGGUGCAUUUUGAUAUUAAAAGGAAUCACAGUAUGUAUUACUCCGCGAUGCUCCUGACUACGGAAGUGGUGGUGCGGCUUUGUAGUUUACUAAAGUCAUACUAAGACACCCAAAUAAAUUUAUAUAUAAGGCGCUCUGGAUUAUUGGAUUAUUAAGGCGUACAGUCGUUUUUUGAUGAAAUUAAAGGCUUUUAAGUGUGCCCUAUAGUGCGGAAAAUACGGUAUAUAAAUUAAACAUACAAUUAUAAAGAAGUUGAUUGUGUUUUGUGGAAAUGAGUGUAACCUGUCAUAUGCACUUCACAACCUCUUGCUUGCAUUUUUCGUAGUUAAGAUGUUGUAUGCACAAAGUACUUAAGACUUCAAGUGUUUUCAGAUUUCUAUUUGAUUGUUGUGAAGUGACUGUGUUGAACCUAAUACCCACAAACUCUAUCAAGAAACCUCAGCUCGGAGAAGUGGCCUCACUGUAGUGGACCUCAGAGUUUGAAUGUGUGUUUCAUACCAAAAACAGUUCAGUGCUAGUGCCAGUAUCAACUAUUAUCCACGAUGCAGUCCAUUUAUCUACUUUGUUCAUCUACUUUAUACCAUGGGAAGUUCAUGUUAAACUACAGUUAAUACAGUAUAAUGCACAAGUAGUUCCGGCAAAAGCCAAAUCACCGUUCUAUAUCACUGCUCUGCGGCCAUCGUCAUGAACAAAUCCUCAAAUGCCUUGGAUAGAGUGACCAGACGUUCCCUAUUUACCCAGGACAGUCCCAGUUUUGAGCCCUGUGUCCUCUCUACCAGCAGAUUUAUACAAAACUGUUGAUUUGUCCCAGUUUUAUACAAAAAACUGUCCCAGGUGUUCCUAUUUUUAACCAAUCUUAUACCUGCCAACAGUAAAGAGAGGCACACAUGGUCAGUUGUUUAGAUAAAAUACAGAAAAGCUGCUGAAAGAGACAGUGAGGUUCCUAGUGAGCCAGAGUGUUGGAGACGUGUGGAGACACUUUAUUAAAUAUUCCAUUCAGUCCUUGUAUUUGCAGAGGUCACUGGUGCUAGACCAGUGCAUGUCAAUGGCCAUAGUUAUCCUGUUGCUAAAAACAGUCUUACACACUCCACAAAACACCCAAAGUAAAUCUGUUAUUACACCAGACUGUUGAUCUAAAUGUCUGUGUUGAUAGAAUCAUUUUAGAAGUAAAACCAACCUUGCAUUUGAAGGAUUUAUGUCUGAGCAGCAGCGAGUUGUACUUCCUGAUAGAAAGCUUGACAGUGAUAUAUGAGAAAAUAGUCCCUCAACGCGUGAAGAUUCAUGCUGCAAGGUUAGUUUUAUUUCAAAUAUUAUUCUGACGACACAGACAU